UGUGUUCUGUUAUUCAUUAUUGUACCAUCUACAAUAAAUCAUCAUCUAAUCGCCAAUCCUGAUCCCGCCAUCAAGCUUCAUUGACCAUCUUCAAUACAGACAUUAGAACUAAAACACAACGCAACAACCAGAGAAUCCAACAUUUGGUUUCCGUGACCCGAACGCAAGAGGAGAAGAAAGACGAGAACAUCCAACGGGUUCAAAGAGACGUCGGGUUUAAAGAGACUUCGGGGGCAGAUUUUGAAUUUUGAACAUCUGUAAGAAGAGUCCAUCUUGGUACCCUGAUUGACGUGACUGAAUCCCAGCUGGAAGCCUGCCAAGAGGGGAAACACUGCUGCACUGCGCGCACCCUGCAUGCAGUGAAGACAUUCAGACCAGACUCUUACCGCUACCAUCAAUCAAUCGCAAAUCCACAAGAAAAUGUCCUGGCGUGCACUUAGAAAACCGGCGACGGUAACUUCAUUAAGCAUAAUUUUAUGCAUCGUUCUCUACUGGCAAAGCACCAACAUACACCGCCAAACAACAUCCUGCGCUUGUGGCAGUUGCCCAAAGCAAAACGAAGACGAGGGUUCUUGGUUUUCCAAGCGCUUCAAUGCCUCAUUUCACCCGCUAAUGUCAAGCAACAGCAGUGUCCUCAGUGAAAAGGCAUCCAAAUGGUGGAAGCGGUUACAGCCUCGUAAAGGACAGCCCAACUACGGAGAGGUUGUGGAAAAGUUGUUCCAAAUCAUUCCUGACAAGGAGUAUUAUAGGGGUACAAGUCCCGACCGCUGCAGGGUGUGCUCUGUGGUGGGCAACUCUGGGAAUCUGAAGAAGUCUCACUACGGACGUCUGAUCGAUGCCAGUGAUUUUGUCAUCAGGAUAAAUAAAGGUCCUACCAAAGGCUUCGAGCAGGAUGUGGGAUCAAAAACUACACAUCGCAUCAUUUAUCCUGAAAGUGCUGUUGAUGUCGACAACUCUACUCACCUGGUGCUAGUUGCUUUCAAGCCCCUGGAUCUGGAAUGGCUGUUAAAUGUCUUCACCACACACCGUGUCAGACAUACAUACACACACGUGAAGUCAACAAUAAAAGCUAAUACAAGCAUGGUGAUGGUUUUCAACCCCAGUUUCAUGCAGUAUGUCCAUGAGGCCUGGCUAAAAAAACAAGGCCCCCAACCAUCCACUGGCUUUUUGGCUGUUGUUUUUGCUCUUCACAUCUGUGACCAGGUCAGAGUGUUUGGGUUCGGAGCAGACAAGGAUGGAACCUGGGAUCACUACUUUGAGAGGAUACGUCCAUCCUUUAAAACUGGUCAACAUAAAGGCACUUUGGAGUAUGACAUGAUCAGGGAGCUUGAUAAAAGACACCAAAUUGAAAUGUAUCGAGGAUGGUGAUGGCCUUUCAUCUGGAAGUAGUUUUGUUUUACACAAGUAGUUUUUUUUUUACACAUUUUACACAACAUUCCAAUUUUUUCUGAUUUGGGGUUGUAGUAUAUGAAAUACCUUUGUACUGUGUUCUUUAGAAUAAGGAAAAGGGAUAUCACCACUCUGGUUCAGAAUUCAGCAUGUAAAGAGUUGAUAUUUGCAGUUAUUCCCUUGCAGUAUGGUCCUAAAACAUGUUUAAGAUAAAGUAAAAAGCAAUCUGGAAACAUUGUAUAAAGACAUGCAGUUUCUUUAAUCUAUUAAAUUCUCCUCUUUGGCAGAUGAUAAGAUUCUAUUUUAUCAACAUUA